AUGGAGGCCAACAACAUUCGUUUCUUUCUGUCUCGACUCAAAUUUCAGGACAACCCUCUGUCCAGAACGACAUUUUUACUCACAGCAGCAGCAAUCACCUUGUCGUUUGCUGGAAAUAGUUCCGCAUCAUCUAAAAAAUCGGAACGUGUGGUUGCAGGUAAAAACGCAUUUGAUUUGUUGAGAGAGGUCGAUAGUGAUAUUCAAGAUUCGGUCAAAAAACUCUCCGCUGAUGAUUUUAAGAAUAGAGAGGAAUUGAUCAAUGUUGUUUGUUCGAAGCAACUUCCAAUACUUCAACCAGCUUGCAAAUCACUCUUUGAUAGAUACUAUCAUUCCUACAAGGUCGGAAAGAGUGCUGAUUUGGAAGAAUAUAAAAGAGUUGUAUUGAAGAAGUAG